UCUCUGGAAGUCCGUGAGCAUCCUUACUUUAAAGGUAUUGACUGGCAUCAGGUCUACCUUCAAAAGUAUCCUCCUCCUCUGAUUCCCCCUCGCGGCGAGGUUAAUGCUGCUGACGCCUUUGAUAUUGGCUCUUUUGACGAAGAGGACACAAAAGGCAUUAAGGUGACUUUAUUUAUUUCUCCUGCCUCUGCCUUCAUGCCUCCGUUUACAUAUAAUUAA